ACACACACGAACACACUUACUUCAGUUAUGAUUUAAGAGUGAUUAGUGUCUUUACCCAUAUUUGAAACAUUAAUUUUGAAGUAUGAAACAAAGUUGGCUUCAAAUAAAAGAGCUGUGUUGACUUUUAAAACCUUCUUGUCUGGCGGUCCAACAAUUAAUGGUUAAAUAAAUAUUAGAGAAGAUUCAAUCAUUUUCAAAGGGAUUCUGAGGCAACAUUUUUGGUACCAGGUAGAAAAGUUUUUUGACAGAUUGACAGACACGACUGUAUAGAUUUGCAAACACCAUGAGAAGCAGUGAUAGAUCCACAACUUGACUUACAGCUUCCUAGUGGUGUACGUCCCUCCCACACUCAGUUCCUCCAGACUAGUGGCAGCAGCAAUUAGCAAACACCUGAUGAAACUGUGUGUCUUCUGAACUCAUCAUAUGAACUACUUCUAAGUUCAAAGCUCCUAAGAACAGUUGUAAACAGCAUAAUGGAGAAACAUUGUUGUGAUGACGUGGUGAACGCAGAGUCAGAAGCAGGAAAGAAACAGAGGCUAAUUUCACAGCAUCAAAUUGUGAAAUUUGACUUUUAAGUUAUGUUCGAUAUUGAGCUAUACAUAAUUUUUAUAACAACUGAAGGUAACAUAGUUACUUAUUUGUGCUAUAAAAUGGACUGUGUGCCUGGAAAAUGCAUAAUUUAAGAAUGUACACUGAAUCCAAACACACUUUUUAAUCAUAAAGUGUUUAAAACACACUUUAUGAUCUGUAAAGUUUUACAGAAUCUUAGGUUCCUCUAAAACUAAUUCUAAAAUAAUCUCAUGAGCUGGAUUUACUGCUACAUUGACUUAAACAAGUCAAUUAAAAAUUGUAUGGGAAGACUGAAUACCUAACAUGUCUGUCAGACUGUAAGAGUAAAUUUGAGAAAUAAUCUACUUUUUAACCUUUACUCACAGCAGUCUAAGACAUUUAUAAACACCUCCAAAACAUCUGUAUAACUUCUUUCCAUGGACAAUGUCAAUGGUUGGAGAACACUAUAUACAUAAAAAUAAUCUUAGUUGAAUUAUGCAUAGGUCCCAGUAUACUGUUAACAACAUGUAAAGAAAUAUUCUGCUUCAAAAAUGAUUUAAUCUGUUGAUUUUCUGUCUCACUCUGCAGAUCAGCUUGAGCUAAUGGAAGGAUAACAUUAUUACAUGAUGCUUAGUGCCACUAAUGAUAAAUGAUUGUUGUUCAACCUAUAAGGGGAUUUUUAUGAAGGGAAAAAACACCACAAUCAAGAGGGGUAGUGUAGAGGAGGAAGCAGCUAUAAGAUAAUUGUACAUGGAAAACAACAGGAAGAUCAGGUUAUUUAGGGUCAUGUUAAUGACUGAAGAUGGCAGACGUCCUGACUUUUUAGACGGUUUUGUUCAAUUUUAAGUAUUUUCCAUUUAUGUGAUUUUGUCUUGUUAAUGUCAAUAAAAUCUGAAAUGUAUUUUCUAGCAUGCAUAGAAAAAGAAAAGUAAAACGGAAAAAAGUCUUGUUUGGUGAUUCCCUGUGUGAACCUGACUCAUUUUCAGUUCCCUUGUGGAAUCACUAAAUGCCUUAUAAAGCAAACAGGAUGUCGUCUCUGUUGCCUUGUUCUGAGACCAACAACAUCUAAAGAUCACAGUUUGGUGUGCAUUAUGGAAGCUCCUGUGAUGUCAUCAGAUGAAGAGCCAUGGUGGCAUGACUAUAUGGAUGUCUUGAAUAAUUUCAACUAUUCUUAUGAUCAAGACUAUGAAGAUGAUAUAUGUGACAUGACAGAGUAUCUAAACUUUGCAAAUGUGUUGAUCCCAGUUGUGUACUCAGUGGUGUUUGUUGUGGGAAUCCUGGGAAAUGGAUUGCUGCUGGGUGUACUGAUGAAGGGCAGAAAGGUCUGGAGCACAACAGACAUUUUGAUCCUUCACCGAGCUGUGGCAGACAUCCUGCUGCUGGUGACGCUGCCCUUCUGGGCUGUAGCGUCUGCCAGUGAUGCCGGAUGGGUGUUUGGGACGUUCUUCUGCAAGGUCACUGGAAGUGUUUUCACAAUGAAUUUCUAUUGUGGGAUUUUUCUCCUGGUUUGCAUCAGUGUGAGCUACCUCCUCUCAAUCCUUCCUUCUACCAAAGAGUUCAUGAAGAAAAAGCCCUGGGUGGUUCAUGCCUGCUGUGUGGUGGUGUGGAUCCUCUCCAUUCUCCUCUCCGUCCCUGACUGGGACUUUUUAGAAAGUGUGACAGAUUCAAGAGGAAAUACCACCAUGUGUGUUCGUAAUUAUGCAAAACGUGACUUGGAUGGCACUUCCUAUAAGAUAGUUGAGCGAUGGCUGUACCACAUAUUGAGUUUUUUGUUUCCUUCAGUUGUCCUGGUCCUCUGCUACUUGUGCAUCCUGUGGCAGCUGCGGUGUCGCACCAGAGGCUUCCAAAAACAAAGAACCUUCAAAGUCAUAAUAGCUAUUAUGGCAGUUUUCUUUCUCUGCUGGACACCGUUCAAUAUUACCCUUUUGAUGGACACAGUUGAAAUAAGCAACAGUAGUGCAACAGAAUGUGGAAAGCAAACAUCUCUGGACAGAGCUCUAACUGCAACUUCUGUUUUGGCUCUCAUCCACUGCUGCCUAAAUCCUGUUUUGUACUUUUUUCUAGAUGUUAAGUAUAGGCAACAGCUGAUGAGCAUGUGGACCAAGACAUCUGACAGCUCGGUUUUUUAAAGACUCUAAUAGAUUACCAGUGCACAUCACUUAAAUGAGAAUACAUUAUAGCCCCAGUAACAUUUUUCCUUUGUCUGUCUCUCAUAACUUCAUAUUUAAAUUUUUCUGGCUGCCAAGUGAAACAGUAAUAUGAAGAACUAAAGAAAUAUCUAAUA